AAAGAUGGCGUCCUUGUACGGGGUUAUGUAGGAUAUACCCAACAUUUUGGACUUUAUAAUGAAUAUUACGCGCGUUUACAUUUUGGAUAGUUUAUGUGUGCAUCAGUUUGCUUUGCCAGUGACGUCGUUUUAAGUGUACGGCCAUAAAAUGGCUGGAUGGGCAGGUUUUUCUGACGAAGAACUAAGAAAGUUGCAGCAGAAAGACCAAGGGGUUCCCGCGGCGUUGGGUCGUGGUCGGAAACCCACUUCAACCAACCGUAGUCGGCAGCAGUUACAGCGAGAGAAAGCGUUACACACCGCCGCUCAGCAGAAGGUUGGAUCUGAGUUGCCUGUCCUUCCGCCGGAGCAGCAGCUCUCCAAGCCACCGCCGAAAACCGUCCCUGAAACUGCAGCCCCAGUAGCCGAGAAAGUCCAGGAGAUAAAUAUGAAUGUAAACCGUGUCCCCGCAAGUGCUGAGGACUUUCCACCUACCGCGAAAGAACUGGAAACACCAGAGGUGGAAUUACGUGAAAAGACACGCCUGGAGCAGCUCCAACUAGAGCAAAAAGUGAUGGAAGAGAAGAAUAGGCGCAAAAAAGCCUUGCUUGCAAAAACGAUCGCUGAAAAGUCAAAACAGACUCAUGCCGAGGCAGUAAAGCUGAACAGAAUCCAGAAGGAGCUCCAAACUCUUGAUGACAUGGUAUCUAAUGAUAUUGGCAUCCUAAGAGGCAAAAUAGAACAAGCCAGCUGGGACUACAGUUUGGCCAGGAAGCGCUAUGAGAAGGCAGAGGCUGAAUACGUGACGGCAAAGCUGGACCUCCACAAGAAGACGGAGGUGAAGGAGCAGCUUACAGAGCAUCUGUGUGCUAUCAUCCAGCAGAAUGAGCUGCGCAAAGCCCAUAAGCUGGAAGAGCUGAUGCAGCAGCUGCAACUCCAGGCCACUGAAGAAGAGCUGGAGAAGGGGAGGGAGACAGAGCAUGGGGAAGAGAAGAGGAGGAGCGGUCAGGAUAAGCCGGGAGAAGUGAAGGUGGAAAAGGGGGUCCAGGAGAAUGGGGAAACAACAUUGCAUUCCAGCCAAAACUGUGGUCCUACAGAAGAAGGGAUGACCAAGUGUGAGGAGGGUACCACCAUCCACCAAAACUCCCCCCCGGCGAUGGAAACAAAGAUGACUGACCGGGACUGCGAAGUGAUUGAAAACUGUGUUCAAAGAGAAUCCCUGGCUUCAGUGUCUUGAUGCUCAGUGUAAAGGGGUGUGCUGAAAUGGGUUUGUCAGAGCAAUGCUUUUCCCUUUCUCUGUAGUGGCAGUUCCACACCAGAGAGCGUUCAUAGUGCCAUUUUUAUCGACAUCUUGGCAUUGUCACAUAUUGCCGUUGUUGUGAUCAAUACAAUACACCACAAACCUAUAACACCAAUAUAUUGUUGAAUAACUUAAAUGUAUUUAACGUACAGUGGUACUCUGCCGUUACUUGGUGGAUGGAGGUUGUAGUGUGCAGUUUUGUACAUUGCCUUACAUUUUCAGCGUACAUGACUGCAUACUACGGCGCUCAGUGUUUGUCUUGGCUAGUCACUUUUAUGUGGGUGCUUCUAAAUGCUCUUUCUCCAACUUUUCUUCAAAACAUGUGGUUUUACAUCAUAUGUGAAUUAUCUCCUCCCAAGCAAAGGUUGAAUUCAAAGGAAGACUGUUUUCGAUCGCUUUGUUUCUGCGGCAAGAAUGAAAAAUGGUUAGUGUUUACUUUCUGGAAAAUCUCUGGUGCCGAGCAGAUGGAGGGAAGGAUUAAUCUAUUUAUGUUAUGAACGUAAACCCAUGUAUAUUAUGUUGUAGAUCAACAUAUUAGCUCGGGAGCGGGUUGUAUUUCACAAAGCUAAUUUUCCUCCAUCAGCGGAGUUGGGGGAACACCAUCUGUAGUGGGCCUCCUAAAUGGUAAGGUGAUAUGUUGUAAUGUAUGUAUGGAUGGAUGCAUGUAGGCCACCGAGGCAAACCUGCUGCAUGUAGCUAUUCCUCGACCAUUACAGCCUUACCGGAUUUAAUUCGCUCAGAAUAUCAGUGUGUCCGACGUCCUGACCGCUACGGCUGUUCAGUGUUAUACUGUAGUACCUGGUCUGCACAGCUGUUAAAUGUAGUAUCUGUUAAGUCUAUUUUAAUUUUAUAAUCUUCGUUGAAUAUUCAUAUAGCGCUGAAAACUGUCUUAUUUAUGGAGUUGGGAUUAUUAAUGUCUAGAAAUAUUUUACCAAAAUAAAUUCAA